CAGGAAGCGGAAGCAGGAAUGUUGGAGUGUUUUCAGAAAAGUUUGGACAAGUUUGACAGUUUGGGAGCUGCGACAAAAACCGUGGAGAAACAUGACGGAGUGUUACCUGUUGCUGAUGUUCCUGUAGAGUCGUCAGUCUCCUCUGAUGGACUGAUUGACCUCAACCAGACACACAGACAGGUAGAUAUGGAGAGUGGAUCUCUGGCCAUGGACACCAGCACUGCUCCAGAUCCUAGAGUGCAGGCAGACUACAAUGUAGCCUGUCUGCGCCGUCGGGCAUGGGCAAAGAGCAAAGAUUCUACCUGGCUAGAAUCAGAAGAAGAGGGACCCCAACAGAACCAGAGGGACGGGGAAGAGCAAACACCCUCAGAGGAAACAGGGCAAGUGCCUAACAACAUCGCCAGCUGGCUGAUUGAAUGCAGGACUCCCCUGGGAGCCUCCUUAGAUGAUCAGACUGCUUCUCCCAGCAAAGGAGUGCAGAAGAACGGCUGCAGCUUUGAAGAUGACCUUUCAUUGGGAGCUGAAGCCAACCAUCUUCAGUCCAGUAACAAUAAAUCUGAAUCCUGCUUUGGGCUUGCGGCGGAUCAGAAGAGGAGUCAGUAUAAAGAGAGUGCAAGAAGUAUGAACUCCACAGGAUCAGGGAAGAGCAGCACUGUGUCCAGUGUGUCAGAGCUGCUGGACCUGUAUGAGGAAGACCCCGAGGAAAUCCUCUUAAAUCUUGGUUUUGGUCGAGAAGAACCUGACCUAGCCUCGAAGGUUCCUUCCAGGUUCUUCAACAACUCCUCUAUAGCGCGAGGCAUCGACAUUAAGGUCUACUUGGGAGCCCAGCUGCAGCGCAUGGAAGUGGAGCACCCCAACUACGCUCUGACCAGUCGUUUCCGUCAGAUCGAGGUCUUGACGACAGUAGCUAACGAGUUCUUCCAGCUCUACAGUCAAGUCUCUGGUCAGCCUGUCCAACGCAUCAGCUCCAAGGACCAAGGAGGGGCAGAAGGAGAAGGAAAAGAAGCAAACGAGUCGUGUCCUCCUUUGAAGAAGACCAACUCGGCUCGUAACGUUGCUAAACUCCUCAAGAAAACCAUCAGCAAAAAAAACCUGCAUGCGGCCGCCCCCGAGUCGCCUGAAGCAAACAACCAUCAGCCGCAGCUGAACGGACACGCUAACCCUGAUCACACGCACUCCAACGGUCACGCUAACGGCCUGGAGCAGAACGGCAGCAGUACUGACCCCGACCACCAGGCGGACACAGUCAACCAGAAACACAUGCGCAGGAAAGACUGUUCCCUGGCAACCGUCACCGAGGAAUCCAACGGUGAUGGAGACGACAGUCCUGAACAGAGCAGCGCCAGUCUAGCAGCCAAUGGAGAGCAUGAACCAGAAUCAGCUGACUCUCCGUCAACCAAUCAGAGAACAGAGGACAGGACCCAGGUAGGCAAAGAAGAGCUGGAGGAGAAGAACCGGACCUCAACCCCAGAGAGAGCUCAUCCCAGCCUGGCCCCGUUCAAGCUGGCCCAGAAGGAAAACACGGACUCUUUUGACAUGGAGGAGAUUAAUGAAGAUGAGGGUCUGCCACAAAGAAAUUCCAGAGCAACCGACCUGUUGAGGACAGUCAGUCAGCAGUCAGACAGCAGUGGUUUUGCUGAGGAGCCGUCUGCAGACUCCAACAUCUACCUCAAGGUGCAGGAGAGCAGCGACAGCUGUGACAGCGAGACCACCGUGACGUCACACCCUUCACUUGAUGUGGCCACGCCGGUCCCAAUGGACCAACCAGCUUUUGAGAUGCCAGACACCUGUGAGGAAGAGGCGGGUCCUGGUGCUGCUGCUGCUGCUGCUGAGGCUGAAGGGGGAAGUGGAUCCAGGGAAGAUGAGCAUGAUGGGAGUUUAGAGCAGAUUCUGCAGUACUCAGCGCACCACCUACCCAAGAACAUAGGAACGCAACAGGAUGAGAUCAGGGAGGAGGAGCUAGUUGAAAGUGAACACCAGAAUGAUUCCCAACCAGAAGCAGAACAGGAGAUUAUACCUGCUGCAGAACAAGAAUCACAACCAGAGUUGGAACACACCCCGAAUCAGACGGAGACCGCUGCAGACGCAGAACCACCCACAGAGGGAGCGGGUGCUGAGGAACAGGCCCAGGAAGAGCAAGGAACCUUGGACGAUUCUGGUCCACUUUGUUUUCCUCCUCCUCCAUCGUCUCCAGUCCUCUGCGCUCUGUACCGAGCCAAACAGAGCCAGCUGUCCCAUGGUCAUGAUCUGACCCAUAUCCCAGGGAGAGGACGAGGAAGACGUGGCGUCCCCCUGCAGAGGUCCUCCUCCUUGCCUUCUUCGCUCCUCUCCCCCACCAGGGUUGUGUCCUCUGUCAGGAUCCUGUUUGGGCGAGGACAGACGUCCUGCACGCAGCCAAGGUACUCCUUCAAAUACACUCCAGAGGAUAAAGGUGACGAGGAAGAGGAAGAGGAAGAGGAAGAAGAAGAGGAGGGGGAGGAACGAUCAAUGAAUUGUAUGUCUACCCUGAUCAUAAACCCCUCCUCCUCUUCAGACUCUAUCAACAAACCACCAAGGCUUCCCCCUGAAGGUCCCGUCCCACCGAAGCCCAUUCCACGCUACCUGCUGCGCUCCACCUGCUCCCUGCAGAGCAGCAGCCCUCCUGCAGAAUGGUCCCCAGGAAGCCAUGGCCACUCCUGGAGCACCCAGAGCGUUCCCGAACUCUUCUCCAAUCAGCAGCAUCCGGGCCAGUUCCAACAGAACAUGAGCACCAAGCAAAACCAGCAGAGUUGGAAUUCAGGCCAGAUGAUGUUUCGCUAUCCUAAUCCUCAAACUCCGUACGUAAACCCAAGCCCAAAUCCUAGUCCCAGCCCGUACCCCUCCCCUCUAAACCCUCCUCAGCAGUAUCCCUCCAAUCUCAAUCCGUACGCCAGUGUUCCUAACCUCCUUCAGCACCAACACUUUCCCCAUCAUUCUAGUCUAAACAGUCUCUACCAACCUCCAACUCCCACAAUCCCCCAGCACGGCAACCUCUCCAACUUUCAUCAGUCCUCAUCUGGUCAGCACAGCAACCUACAUCCUGGAACUCCAGCAAUGCACCAACAGGGCUACAAUCAUCUAUACGGCCAUCAGUCACCCUACAAUGCCUCUCCUCACGGCUCACAGUUUGCAUCCCCCUACCUUGGUCACAAUAUGUACAACAUGAACCCACACCUAGCGUACCACAACCCCGCCACACAGGGUCCGCCGUUUGCCCCAGAACAUGGCCUCCACCCAGGGUUUGCUACUCAUCCUGCAGGCUUUUACCCAGGCCUGGCCUCUUCCCUGGGCUCGGGUCACAGCCUCCACCCGGGGCUCAAUCCUCAUGCUGCUCCCGGUCCAGGAGCCAGCCAUGGCCCGUCCAGCACUGAGAUGCAGCUGAGGAGGGUCCUGCACGACAUCAAAGACACGGUUCAGAGCCUGAGCCAGACCCGAGUCGGCACUCCGGAUGUGUUCAGUGAGCCCAGAGGGGGUCUGCCCAGCCACAAGUCUUUGGCAGAGUUUCAGCAGAAGAGGCAGAGCCUGAACUUGUUCCGCAGUCAGAUGAUGGACCUGGAGCUGUCAAUCAUUCGACAGCAGGCUCAGGUCUACAAACACCUGAGCCCUGCUGACAGGAUGGAGGUGGAGCAGCUUCAGUCUCUGAGGUCGGCGGUCAGAGAGGAGCUGCAGGAGCUGGAACAACAGCUGGAGGACCGACUGAUGGAGCUGACACACAGCCCACCACACAGGGGUCUCCAUAGAGGCGGCAGUGUGGACAGUCUGUCCACCGCCUCUGCACUGAGAGCCAUGGAGCCAGUGUCAGACCUCCUCAGAGAGCAGCUCUACCUCCAAUCAGAGCUCAGUGAUGAUGGCCACGCCCCCUCCAGCGGCCCCUCGUCCCGAUCCUCCAGUCCAGUCAGAGGUGGAAGCCGGCAGAAAGGAGGCGUGUACCGGGCAACAAUUAACAUUAACCCUGUCCCUCCUCCUCGAUCCAUCACACACACUGAGGAAAAGGAAGAGGAGGAGGAGGAGCUGGAUGAGAACGAGCCGGACAGAGGAAGAGGAGGAGGAGUACCAGAAGAGGAAGGGGCAGCAGGAGGAGCCAGAGUGGGGAACCUGCAGCAGCUCAUCAAAGAGAUUCGAGAGAACUUGGCGCAGGAGGUCCGACAGGAAAUUUACAGCGAGCUGCUGGCUGCCGUGUCGCCACGGCAAUCACCCCAGCCCGGUAGCCGACAACCCCUGUAACACAGCAACAGCAAAGCAUCGCUCCCUUUCACCUUCAGCCUUCAUAACCACGGCAACACUGUCCGUCUGUAACACUGUAUAGCUGAGUAACACUGUUUCUGUGGAGCACUAUGUGCCUUCAACACUGUAUGUCUGUAACACUGAUGAUGAAACACCACCCCCCCCCCCCACCUGUGGAGCCUCCGACGGGACGCAGAGCCACGAGGACGUUUACUUGUCUAUUUGGUUCGAAUGUGCCGGUGUGAUGCAUGCUGGGAACACCAGCCUGUGAGCCACCAGCAGAAAGCUGUCGCCUUUUUUCUUCACGUUUCCUUUCUCUAAGCUGUUUUGAUCAAAGCUAGGCCUUAAAGUACUACCACUGCCAUUAAUACUACGAGUACUACAUCUAGUACUACUAACAUUACACUGCCAGCAUCACCACUACAGUCCCAGUCCUGUGAAUGUCCCUAUCAAGUUAUUUUGCCCUAGAUCCAAGUAUCAUAUGAGAUCAGGCUUCCCUAAUAAUAAUAAUAAUUAUCAUAAUAAUAAUAAUAAUGAUUUGGCUGAAUGAGUUUCAAUGGUAUCAGAGCGACAAACAGGUGACAGACUUCUGUGAGAAAUACUGUAAGUGCAUUAAUGCGGUUUAAUCUGAACUUUUUCUUCCUUUUAGUUUCGGGUAACAUUCCUUAAUUUUCAAUAAUCGCAGUCUUACUUAGCUUUUACUCUUCAAAGUUACUAAUUCCAUGCACAUUUCACCUUGAUGCAAAGGGCUCUAAGAGGUCUUAAAGAUGUGUCAUUACAGAUGUAUUUUGUCCCAUGUUAGUCAACAUUCCUUCAUCUUCAUCACCGUCACCAUCAUUGUCAUCGUGCUUCUGUUCCUCUCGCCUCAUUCACAGUUCAUUUUGUCGUGCUGGGUUUUGCUCAGCAUGGCCGAACUCAUCCUGAACUGAAAGGAUUUCACAGAAUGUCGUGCGUGUGUGUGUUUUGGUUGGUUGCUACAGAGCAGGUGAUGAGGUUAGUGUGUGAUGGCAUGUGAGGUACUGAGGAGUUCAAGCAGGUUUCAGUAAGUUGUCAUGGUGACAGUAAUGAUGAUGAUGAUGAUGAUGUUAUGCUCAAUCAUAAGGAAGAGCUUAGCCAGCAGAUCAUGUAUGGAUGAGCUGUUGAGUUCAAAUGUAUUUGUAUAGCAGUCUAUAGCAUCACAAGCUCAGUGCCAUUAUAUUCAAAGAAAGGCAAACAUCUCUACGGCCGAAAUGUCGCAACACUCAGCAUCUCACCACAAAAAAAUCUAGAUCGAUAAAUAACACUUCUUGUAAGAAGAUACAUUUGUAUUUUUGAUUUUGCGGUUAAUUAGCUGUGUUAGAAUGUUAGCUACCGACUCACCAAUUACAAACCUGUGUGCAAUAAUAUAUAGAUAUGUAUUGAUUACUGAGUAAAUCAAUUUUAACAUUUCAGGUCAUCCUGCACCACUUCAACUCAACAUGUCUACUAGUACAUCUGACAGAAAUGAAUCUGCAGUUUGCUGGUUUUAUUGAGAGAAACUCUAGAUUUCGCUUUUCUUUGUACAUAAUCCAGGUGAUUUAUCACUAAACAAUUCACCACUAAUGACCAAAAAGAAACAUCUGCCAGUUUACAUCAUGGGAAUUUUUUUGAAAGAUAUGUACAAUAUGUAAAGGCUAUGGACAAAUAACCGUUUCAUCUGUUAAAUUUAUGCCCUGAAUAACACAUGUGUUUGUCAAUUUAAAAGUUGAUUUUGCACGUCAAGAAGUCCCAUGAACUCUCUAGCUAUGUUUUAGGAACAAAUGUUACGUUAUUCUACAUGAUGUGUUUUAUUUAGCGACUAAUGAUCUUUUUUUUAUCAGCCAUCGAGCAAAAGAAGACCUGUUCCUCUUGUGAGUACAUCACGAAACAUAUACAUCGCAGGAGAGAAAGUUAUGAUAUGACAGAUUUAUGAAAAACUGCAACAAAACUUUUUACUUGACUUGCAAAAUAAUUGUUCAAUUGACAAACAUCGUAUUUGUAAUUAAUGGUACAAUUAGUAGUUUAGUAGUCUUAUUCCAAAUGAGGGUCAAUGGUCGUCAACCAGAAGGGGCCUGACUUUGCCUCACUAUUGAACUGAAAAAAUGUUUAAUCAGCAUUUAGUACUGUGUGUUGUGUCCAAGAGGCCUGUCAAUCAUGACAAACACACUCGAUUCAAAAAUGUUACGUCUUUGUGGAACAAUAUUUAACAAAAUGUCUGUACAGACUGACAUUAGAUUUGUCAGCCACAUCACACAGCCUUUGUUAUUCCCUUAUCUAAAUCAUUACUAACACGCAUUUGACCUUCGAUUCUCUCCAACAUUUAUGACUUUGUGUUUGUUUAAACAUUUUAUUUUUUAUGUUCACUGAUCACAAACCUUACUCUGCUGGACCAACACUCGCUGUGAACUCCGAGGCUCAAACGUGCUUUUAUUUUAUUUUGUAUCUGAUCAAGAAAAUCUUUCGCACACUUCUAAUUUCCCUGCUUUGUCUGUUGGUGUCUAUUAAUUUCUGUUAAUGUCUAAUAAUGAUGAUGUGUAUUUUGUAUUGAUGUCUUUUUCAGCGGGAUGCAUGGGAGGUAUCACUCCCAUGCGAUGAGAAUAAUAAAGAUGUAUUUAUUUUCAGUA